AUGUACAUCCCAAAGGUGCAGAUCCUUCUGCUCAUGCUCUCUGUUGCACUGAACCAUCUGAAAGCUACGCCGGUUGAAAGUAAUCAGAUGGACAAAAGGAAAUGCAACACUGCCACGUGUGCGACACAUCGCCUGGCAAACUUCCUCGUUCAUUCCAGCAACAACCUUGGUGCUGUUCUCCCACUUACCAACGUGGGAUCCAACACAUAUGGCAAGAGGAGCGUGACUGAGAUUUUAAACAGGGAACCACUGCAUUACUUCCCCUUUUAG